CCUUUCGGUAGAUAGGGGCAUAGCUAGUUGGUGUUUGCGAGUGGGAGAUGGACCGAGAGCGUUCUUCCGAUUAGCAACUGAAAUACUCAGAACUAAUUAAAUAAUAGAAGGGGUUGCUGAAACAAAAAGAAAACAUAACUUAGUCCAUCUUUCACAUCCACUAACACGGCAUUGAUGGUAAUGUAUGCAAGGAAACAACCGAGACUCAGCGAUGGGUGCAACGACCGAAGGGAUUCACAGCCCUACCAGACUCUCAAGUACUCGUCGAAGAGUCACCCCGGUGGUGAUCACCGCCAUGACAAGAUGCGAGACACCGCAGAUGCCACUCCGCCAUGUAAAAUGCUUAGGCGAUCUGACAGUCCUGACAACAAACACAUUGACAGCACUGGGCAUGGCAGGGCAAAGGCAGUCCACGCGCAACGGGCCAGAGAGGGGGAUGGAGGGACCAGUUAUUCUCCACAGGAAAGUUCACACAACCACAGCACCAAUCAUAGCAGCUCCAAUUCACAUUCGAACCCCAGCAAGACAUCAGACGCACCUUAUGAAGAUAAAGAUGACUGGUCAGAGCACAUCAGUUCCUCUGGGAAGAAGUACUACUACAACUGCAGGACCGAGGUCUCACAGUGGGAGAAACCCAAAGAGUGGCUGGAGAGAGAGCUGAGGCAGAAGGAAUCCUCCACUAAGCUGGCGCCAGUCAACAGUUUCCCAAAAGACCGGGACUAUAGACGGGAGGCCAUGCAGCAGGCUACGUCAGCCACUGGCUUUACAGCUGCUAAAUCGGCCCAGGCAGAGAAGCAGCCAGCAUCAGCGUCCUCUCAGUUCCAUUCAUCCUCCUCAGGCUCGAGCCUUAACCCCACAUCGGUUACCCCCGGUUCCUCCUCGGCCUCCACCACGGUGCCCGUGUCCCCGGUCCUGCAGUCCCCCGUCCACACCCCCCUGCUCCAGGACCCCUCACUUCUCAGACAGCUCCUCCCAGCACUUCAGACUGCCCUACAGCUCAACAACGCCAGUGUCGACAUGGCCAAGAUCAACGAGGUCCUCAAAGCUGCUGUCACUCAAGCGUCGUUACAGUCGUUGCUUCAUAAGAUCCUCACAGCCGGCCCGUCAGCCUUCAACAUCACUACUCUGCUCUCCCAAGCAGCCCAGCUCUCCAACCAAGCCCAGCAGUCGAACCAGUCCCCCAUGUCGUUGACGUCAGACGCCUCCUCUCCCCGCUCCUACGUGUCUCCCAGGAUCAGCACGCCGCAGAACAACGCUGGUCACCACAAAGCCCUGCUCAGCACGCCCCCUGUAGCCUCCCAGACCAAGGUGAGCAACACGCUGGUUGUGAAGCAGCAGGGAUCAGCCCCUCAGCCCUCCCCCCAGCAGCCCCUCCCCAGCGAGAAACAGCACGGACACGACAUCGCAGCCUCCCCAAGGACCCUCCAGCGUCAAAGCAGUCGGAGGAGUCCGUCCCCAGGUCCCAACUACGUCCCCCCCAGCAGCAGCAGUGCCACCACCACCACCUCCACCCCCUCCAGCUCCUCUUCCUCCACCCGACCAGCCUCCUGCUCCUUCACACCCACCCUAGCAGCACACUUCAAUGAGAAUCUCAUCAAGCAUGUCCAGGGCUGGCCCGCCGACCACGCAGAGAAACAGGCGUCCAGACUACGCGAGGAGGCCCACACCAUGGGAAGCAUCUACAUGUCUGAAAAUUGCACGGAGUUAAAAAAUCUCAGAUCCUUAGUUCGAGUCAGUGAAAUUCAAGCGACAUUGCGCGAGCAGAGGAUAUUAUUUUUGAGACAACAAAUUAAAGAACUUGAAAAGUUGAAGAAUCAGAAUUCCUUCAUGGUCUGAGAACUUGAGUUGAAGAGUGGAGUGGAGAGGAAAGGGUGGAGAGACCCAUUGCACAUGGUUGUAAGAGAGCCGUUGGUUGGUAGAACCGUUCUGUGUUCUUGUUCUGUGCCCAGUCUUAACACAAGCUGCAGUUGGAUUGGCUUUGGACCGCGGGGCGGGGAGAGGGCUGGGCUAGGGGGAGAGGGUCUGAGUGGUUGAUUGGUUUUUGGGGAAGAGGGGAGAAAAAGGGUUGAUACAAGACAUGUUCUGCGUCCCAAAUGGCACCCUAUUGCCUUUAUAGUACACUAUGUAGGGGAUAGGGUGCCAUUUGGGACGCACCCAUGGUUGGUUUUGUAUGCGCCCUGGAGAUGUAGAUUUCUUGUAGAUGUUAUCCAUGUUGUAAAUAUGUUUUGUAGAUUAUUGAAACCAUGGAAAGCCAUGCUUAUCAAAGCUUUUGACAUCCAAACUAAUCAACGUUAUGCCGAGGAAGUAACGGCUUAAGUUCAUAGCCUUCUUCAUAUUAAACUUGUCAGUCUGUGGUUUCGUCCCAAAUGGCACACUAUUCCCUCUAGUGCAUUACUUUUAACCAGAACCCUAUGGGCCCUAGUCAAAAGUAGUGCACUAUAUAGGGAAUAGGAUGCCAUUUGAGACGGCGGCACUGUCAGUCUGCAGACUUCAAGCUUUUCGUUAAUAGAUCGGUGAACCAUUGCCUUGAGCAUGUCUAUGACCUGCAUGGAAACGGUGGAGUAUAGCAUUAUAAAGUCAAUAAUAACGGAAACAUAAAAAAUACCUUUAGUGUAAAACAAGCAAGCAUAGUAAAACAAACUCACCGUUUUUUCUCUGCUCUUCAAUAAUAAUAAUAAUAAUGCUCAAUGGAUUAAACAGUUACUUUCCCUAUUAUCCCCCUCUGGUUGAAGUAUAAUGGUUACAAACACACAAACACACAGGAUGUGUCCCAAAUGGCACCCUAUUUCCUAUAUGUAUUGCACUACUUUUGGUUAAAAUUAGUGCACUAUAUAGGGAAUAGGGUGAUAUUUGGGAGACUGCCGCUCACAGCUACCCCCCACCCAACCCUCCUCCUGCUUAAAGGUUCAUGAUGUCUGGUCGCAAUGGUUCAGGGAUCUGUUUGUUCACAGCUCCCAGUGGCCCUGUCCUGCAUUGCAUUUCCUAAAACGAAAAACAAACAAACCAGUGCCUGGUGGUGUGAUGGAGUGAGUGAUGAGUAAUGGAAAAAAAGAAACGAAAGAAAGAGGGCGCCGCAAUGGUGUGCUUCUUUGAGAUCAAGGACCAUUCCCACUGCUAGCCCCUCCCUAACUCCUCCCCUGGGCACACCCAUUACACGCAGAAGCCCAACCCCCUGGUCUAGCUCCUCCUGUAAGGGGGAGGAGCCGGGAAGAGUAAAAACCCUCCUGUUUUUUUCUCAAACUUUCCAGCAAGUUUUUUUUUAUUGGGGAGGGGGGGGGUACUUUUAUUAAAAGCGAGGUGGCACCAUCUUGGUUCAACCGAGAGUUCAUUCCUAUGUACAGUUGAUAAAGUAAUAAUGGAGUUUAAGAAGAAAAGAAAGGUUUUAUUAAAAAGUUGCAGUGAUUACUAGUAUAUCAGAAUAUAUUAUUCAUAAAUUAUUGCUACACAUUUUUCUUUGCACCCUGUUGAGAAUGAAUACUACUGGGAGCUAUUAAAGCAGCGGUUUGGGGGCACUGGCAAGGUAUAGGGUGCAACUGAAAUGGCACCGUAUUCCCGAUUUAGUGCAUUACCUUUGACCAGGGCCCAUUAGUCAAAAACACUAAAAAGGAGAAGACUGCGAUGUCAUAAUUCUCAAGAUUUUUCAGGAAGUGGAAUGGGAGCCAAAUGGAACUCAGUGAAUUUACCUGAAUGACACAAUUAUAACUAUUGGCUCCCAUUUGUACUUCUUGCUCUCUAUUAUGACGUAGUCUCUCUAAUCCUUUUUAGUGUUCUUACCCAUAGGGCCUGGUAAAGGUAGUGCACUAUAUAGGGAACAGGGUGCCAUUUUGGAUGUAGACAUGGAGGUGCUGAUCAUUAACUCCACACACCAGGGUCAGAGGUCGAGCAGAGCAAUGACAGCCAAUGUGAAAUGUGCAUAUUGUAAUAAACAUGCUAAACUCAA